UCUCUCUCUCUCUCUCUCUCGCACCCACUCUGUCUCCCUCUCGAUCUCGAUCUCGAUCUCGAUCUCGAUCGCGAUUGCGAAACCCUCCUCUUUCUCCAUCUCCUCCUUCUUCGCUCGUCCCCUUCGAUCCCCCGCUAUUUGGUCCUUGGCUGGGCUCCCAUGGCGUCGGAGUUCGAGGAGGUGGCGCCGCCGAUACCGCCGGCGCUGAAGGCGGUGACCCUGACCCACGUCCGGUACCGGCGCGGCGACCCCCUCGGGCACUUCCUGGCGUGGAUCUCCCUCAUCCCCGUGUUCAUCAGCCUCGGGGGCUUCGUCUCCCACUUCCUCUUCCGCCGCGAGCUCCAGGGCAUCUUCUUCGCCCUCGGCCUCAUCGUCUCCCAGUUCCUCAACGAGCUCAUCAAGUCCUCCGUGCGCCAGUCCCCCCUCGAGACCUGCGACUCGCACGGGUGGCCCUCCAGCCACUCCCAGUACAUGUUCUUCUUCGCCACCUACCUCACCCUCCUCUGCCUCGGCAAGCGCCGCCGCGGCGGAUCCGGCCGCCUCCUCGCCCUCCUCCCGUGGCCCCCGGCGAUCCUCACCAUGUAUUCUAGGGUUUACCUCGGCUACCACACCGUCGCGCAGGUUUUUGCAGGGGCGGCGAUCGGGGUCGUGUUCGGGGCGUUGUGGUACUGGAUCGUGAAUACUGUGCUAGUGGAGUACUUCCCCAUGAUCGAGGAGAGCGCUCUGGGGAGGUAUUUUUACAUCAAGGACACGUCGCAUAUUCAGGAUGUGCUCAAGUUUGAGUACGAUAAUGCGAGGGCUGCUCGGAAGAAAGUGGCUACAGAUUGAAGCUGUCUUUCUUUUCAAUCAUGUUCGUCUUAAUUUACGGUAGCAGAACUAAUCUAACAUCAGUCGCGCCACCACGAAGCUAGUGGCAUUUGAAUCAGAGUCAUCAAGCACAUUGAAGAAGCUUAUAUUAGAAGAUCUCUUCUUCGGUUGCACUCUUGUGCUUUAGUUGUUCAGCACCACAUUUGUCAUUUAUUGAAGACAUCAGAACAUAGCUUCAGGUAUUAUAUUUAUGCCAAUAAAACUUCUAUUGGCUUUAGAUUUGUUCUUUUCAUUCAUCCGAUGCUGGACUGCACUCGGCAAAAUAAAGAUAUUUAUUUUACCUGUUAUUAAAAUGUAAAAAGUGGUCUCACAGUUAAGUUUGAUUGUUGUCCAUUUUUAUAUUGGUGCAUUUUGCUAAAUUUAUAAUAUGUGAGAUGCUUAUAGUCGA